AUGGGGUUAUUCAGAGCUUCUAUUUACCUCUUAGUCCUAUACCUGCUGCAGGGAUCAAAUCCUUCUCUGGUUCAGUUGAAUGAAAAUGGUUAUGAAGACGUUAUCAUUGCCAUCAACCCUCUGGUGCCAGAAGAUACAAACAUAAUUGAACAAAUAAAGGACAUGGUGACUUCAGCUUCUACUUACCUGUUUGAAGCCACGGAAAAAAGAUUUUUUUUCAAAAAUGUAUCUAUAUUAAUUCCUGAGAAUUGGAAGGAAAACCCUCAAUACAAGAGGCCAAAACGUGAGAACUACAAACAUGCUGAUGUUUUAGUGGCACCACCAGCCCUCCCAGGUACAGAUGAACCGUACACCAGGCACUUUGCAGCCUGUGAAGAAAAGGGAAAAUUCAUCCACUUUACACCUGACUUUGUACUGGGGAAAAAACAGAAUGAAUAUGGAGCAGCAGGUCGAGUACUUGUCCAUGAGUGGGCCCAUCUCCGGUGGGGAGUAUUUGAUGAGUACAAUGAAGAUGAACCUUUCUACAGUUCCAAGUCAAAAAAAAUUGAAGCAACAAGGUGUUCAACUGGUAUCUCUGGCAUGAAUAAAGUUUAUCACUGUCAAGGAGGCAGCUGUAUAUAUAAAAACUGCCGAAUUGAUCCUCAGACAAAGCUGUAUGAAAAAGAUUGUCAAUUCUUCCCAAAUAAAGUUCAGAAAGAAAAGGCAUCCAUAAUGUAUAUGCAAAGCAUUAGUUCUGUCACUGAAUUCUGUAAUGCAAAAAAACAUAACCGAGAAGCUCCAACUAUACAAAACCAAAAAUGCAAUUCCAGAAGCAUAUGGGAGGUGAUUAGCAAUUCUGAGGAUUUCAACAACACAACACCUAUGGUAGAAACACCUCCUCAACCUACCUUUUCAUUACUGAAGAUCAGUGAAAGAAUUGUGUGCUUAGUUCUUGAUAAGUCUGGAAGUAUGUCGGGUUCUAAUCGCCUAAAUCGAAUGAAUCAAGCAGCCAAACAUUUCCUGCUGCAGAUCAUUGAAAGUGGAUCCUGGGUUGGAAUCGUUCAUUUUGACAGCGCUGCCUACGUCAAAAGCAACCUAAUCCAAAUAACAAGCAGCAAUGAGAGAAAUCAGCUCUUGAAUAGUUUGCCUACAACAGCUGAAGGAGGAACUUCAAUCUGCUCUGGGAUCCAGUCAGCAUUCCAGGAGAUUAAGAUGAGGUUCCAAAAAACAGAUGGAUCUGAAAUAGUGCUGCUGACCGAUGGGGAAGACAGCACUGUAAGUUCUUGUAUGGAUGAGGUGAAACAAAGCGAGGCGAUCGUUCAUUUGAUUGCUUUGGGGCCAUCUGCUGAUAUAGCUGUAAUUGAGAUGAGCAAUAUAACAGGUGGAACUCAUUACUAUGCUUCAGAUCAAAUUCAAAAUAAUGGCCUCAUUGAUGCUUUCGGGGCCCUUACAUCAGGGAAUGCGGAUAUUUCCCAGCAGGCUCUCCAGGUCAGAGCCCAUCCUUGGGUUUUCAUGUUUGCAUUUAGCCAUAAUCAAAUACAAGAUGUUCAUAGUUCUAUAUUUUCUCCUGAAUACAAGUUAUACAAAAGCAGUAUGUGUAAUAAUUCUUCUGAACCCACUCCUUUUCUUACCUGCUGUGCUUCAACAGCAUCAUCAUUUUCAGUGGGUAUUUGGACUUACAGUCUUCAAGCCAAUGUAGACACAGAAACAUUAAUUCUGACAGUAACUUCCCGGGCAUCAAAUCCUUCUGUGCCUCCAAUCACAGUGAAUGCUGAAAUGAACACAGCCACAAACCACUACCCUAACCCACUGAUAGUUUAUGCAGAAGUUAAACAAGGGUUCUCACCUGUUCUUGGAGCUAAAGUGACUGCCUUCAUUGAAUCAAAGAGUGGAAAAAUUGAAACCUUGGAACUUUUGGAUAAUGGUGCAGGUGCUGACUCUUUCAAGAAUGAUGGGGUGUACUCCAGGUUUUUUACAACCUACACAGAAAAUGGCCGGUACAGCUUAAAAGUACGGGCUCAGGAAGGAACAAACACUGUCCUGCAUAGGUCGGGGCAUCAACAGAAUAAAGCUCUCUAUAUCCCAGGCUGGGUAGUGGAUGGGAAAAUUGAAGGGAAUCCACCAAAACCAGAAAUAAAUGAGGAUAAUCAAACAACUCUGGAGAAUUUCAGCAGAACCGCAACCGGAGGUGCAUUUGUAGUUUCGAAACUUCCAACUUCAGGUUUGCCCCUGCCUGACGUAUACCCACCAAGUCAGAUCACAGACCUUGAUGCCAAACCCCGUGAGGAUCAGAUCACUCUCACAUGGACAGCACCAGGAGAUGAUUUUGAUGUUGGAAAAGUUCAACAGUAUGUAAUAAGAAUAAGUGGAAACAUGCUUGAUCUAAGAGAUAAUUUUGAUGCUGCUCUUCAAGUAAACACCACUGAUCUGUCACCAAAGGAAGCCAACUCCAGGGAAAUCUUUGCAUUUAAACCAGGCAAUAUCUCAGAAGAAAAUGCAACACAUAUAUACAUUGCCAUUCAGAGUGUAGAUAAAAGUAAUUUGACAUCAAAAGUAUCAAACAUUGCACAAGUAGCUUUGUUUAUUCCUCAAGCAGAUCCAAAUCCUGAUGAAAAUCCUCAGAAUCCUGCUGGAAAUCCUAGUAAUGGAGUUAAUAUUUCUUACUUGGUGUUAUCAGUGGUUGGGUCUGUUGCAGUUGUUAGUAUUAUUGUAAGUACCACCAUUUGCAUUUUAAAGAAGAAAAGAAACGCAAGUAGACCUAGUACUGGGUUUUAA